AUGCCGCGCGCGAGGCUGUCCGCGGCCGCGCGUCGCCGCGCGGCGUCGCUCGAGCUCAAACGCCGCCCUACGCCGCCGUCGCCGCGAAAGCCGACGCUGGCGGAGCAGUGCGACGCCGCGCGCGCCGCCGACGGCGACGUCUACAUCGCGUGCGGAUCCGCGCGGAUGUCGUUUCGAUCGCUCCUCCUCCUGCGCGUGUGCUUCGACGAGUGCGACGUCGACGGCGACGGGCUGCUGGACCCCGACGAGCUCUCCAAGGCGUUCUUCGACGGCGAUUCAACCCCCGGCGGCGGCAAAAGAGCGGACGACGACCGCGCGACGACCGAGCGAGCGGUCGUCUUCGCGCGCGCGGAUCGACCGACGCGCCUAUCGUUCGCGGACGUGCUGCGUUGCGUCCACCCGCGGCUGACGCGCGCGUCCUCCGCCGCGCUCGCGGCCGCGAUCGCGCCGCCGACGACGAGAGAGGAGACGGCGUGCGACGAGGCGGAGGAGGCGAAGGUGGAUCAGUUCUUCGCGCUCGUGGACGAGGACGGGAGCGGGGAGAUGGACGUGCACGAGUUCAGGUGCUGCGCGCGCGCUUUCAUCUCUUUGAGUGUCCGGGACAUGCUGAGACGGAUGGGGAUCACGGAGAAGGAGGAGCAGGACGCGUUCUUUCACGAGAUCGACGAGGACGGCGGAGGGACGGUGAGCUUGGACGAGUUCAAGGACUGGUGGUUCGGCGUCGGCGACGACGACGGGUGA